AUGUUUGUGCUACCUCCCCCGCCACGAUAUCCCACCAUGGGGCCUUAUGGCGCCGGUGGUAUACAUCCUGUUCCCAUGAUAGAGACAAACAACACGUUAUCGAAUCCGGCGGGUCCCGAAUGGCAAUUCCUUGUUGGAGAAGGCACGUAUACAUUGAAAGAAGACUUACAUCUUGCGACACCUCCGCCCCAUCCUUCCGAAGCCACCGUCCCGAACCCCAACCCGCUGUCGACUCUUCCGCAGCCUGCCAGCGCCGGUACCUCGGUCUCUCUCAUCGCGCUUGAGAGUCGUCCGGCUCCAAACUUUCUGUAUAGAGGAAUCUCUUCGACCACCCUCGCCCUGAGUGGCGCGCCAUCUAGUAUUCAGGAGCAUCCCAACGAGGGCCGCUACUCUGCCGAAGGUGGCAAGACGAGUGAGGAGGGCCGUACCGGUUCGACAAGUGAUGCUCAGGCUACCUCCAUUACCAUUGGUUCUGCACCUGCUUUUGGCGAAGGCAAUGCUUUGCUCACCCAGGUGCCGACCAAGGAUGUGAACAAGAAGAGAAAGCCCAAGAACAACAUGACAAAGAGCAACUCGUCUUUCAUCUCUCGCGUUAUCGUCAACGAAAGCCUGUCUAAGAAGCUUACGGAGCGAUCCAAUGAUGGCCUCUUUGCUUUUGCAAACAUCAACCGCGCCUUCCAGUGGCUUGACAUGUCAUCGUCGUCAAAGCAAGACUAUUUGACCAAGAUUCUUUUCACGAAAGCGCAUUGUCUAUGUCACGAUGUUAAUGUCCAUACAAAGAGCGUCUCGCAUCUGGAUGUUAUAAUGGGCUUCUCAACUGGAGAGGUCAUCUGGUGGGAGCCGAUCUCGCAGCGAUAUACACGACUGAACAAAAACGGCGCAAUUAAUGGAACCCCAGUUGCGGCAAUUCGAUGGAUUCCAGGAUCAGAAAACCUAUUUCUAGCUGCCCAUAUGGAUGGCUCGCUGGUCGUAUAUGACAAGGAAAAAGAAGACGCCCAGUUCAACCCCGAAGAGGAAGCGAUUAAUGGAAACGUGAAUGGGACGAGCGGUGAGCUGUCAGAUGCUAGCAAUGGCGGAGCUCAUCACAAUUCUAUUCGAAUCAACAAGUCAGUGCAUUCCAAAAAUCAAAAGGUCAAUCCAGUUGCCGCCUGGAAGUUAUCCAACCAUCGAAUCAACGCCUUCUCCUUCUCGCCUGAUAACCGACACUUGGCUGUUGUGUCCGAGGACGGCACGCUAAGAAUUAUUGACUAUUUGAAGGAAGAGCUACUGGAUGUGUUCUAUUCCUAUUAUGGAGGACUGACAUGCGUUUGUUGGUCCCCAGAUGGCCAAUACGUAUUGACUGGUGGACAAGACGACUUGAUAUCAAUAUGGUCACUGUCAGACUCGGCUCUGGUAGCCAGAUGCCAGGGACACCAGUCUUGGGUAUCAGCCGUUGCCUUUGACCCUUGGAGAUGCGAUGAGCGAAACUAUCGUUUCGGCAGCGUGGGAGAAGACGGACGUCUUUGUCUGUGGGACUUCAGUGUCGGCAUGCUUCACCGACCCAAAGCGCGGGCUGAGACGGCCACCACGUCCAACUCAAGGUUGCGAUCAAACUCAAACCUAGAUACCGAAGACGAGGAAAUGGCUAUCGCACACCCUGUGGAGCCGCGGGCCAGAAUUCCUAUGCUUCCUCCCGUACUUGUAAGCGACACCAAGCCAAGCUUCGAGUUGAUCUUCCGGUCCGAUUGGACUGUUGAGAUCAACGAUCGCUUGUUCAUGGCAUACACAUAA